GUAACCACCAUGGACGAAAUUGAAUUUCCGAUCAUUUCGUAAUUCCGGUACAGAUUUGUGUUUUCGUUUCAACAUCUCACGAUUUUUUCAACAGAUUUCAGUUGAAUGGAUGACAGUGCGAUGACCUCUCCCCUCAUGUUAAACCCCUCGGGCACAAACAGGAGAUACUGUUCUGUUCUUGACAGUCUAGAUGAGGUUGAGAGAAGGGACUCACAUCUUGACAAAGAAGUGAUUUGUAUCGAGGAUUCCCCAAUUUCUACUUCAAGCGCUGUCAAUGGAAAAACAUCGAAUAUAACUCCUUGUUCUUCUGUCCAUGAAGAAGAAGAUGCUGUGAGCAUAGAAGAAAUUUUUGUUUCCGUUAAGCCGGGAACCUCGCGCGAGUCUGAACCACCAAUAGUCUUUCUUGACGAUCAAGAGGACGAAGUUUCAUCUUCAUGUUCGACUUUAGUAAACAUGGAUAUUCAAGAUUAUUAUGAGAGGAUUGCGAACGAAGAAGAACCUUCGACUUCUACGAGAAGAGGAAAUCAGUUACGGAAAGGAGAACAAGAUUUUACCGUCCCUUGCUUAGAGACGAGAGCUUCACUGAAAGCUCGCUUUGAAUCUAAGUUUAAGCUUCACAUGAAACUACGAAAGGGUGCUGGUAUCUGUAAUGCGUCACAGUACCGACAGAAGUUUUACAGGUACAAGAAGGAUUUACACAAGCAGCUUGAUGAGUGGGAAAACUACUUAAAUGAGCAAAGUGCCCAGGAGGCUUACAUUGCUGUGGAGAAUGUAGUUGAUAAUGAAGGCCCACCCAAAGAUUUCAUAUACAUAACUAACAAUGUGUUACACAGAGAUAUACCCAGUCAUUUGUUUGACGUUGAUUAUCUUGUUGGGUGCAGCUGUGAGCGGAUCUGCUUGAUGGAAACUUGUGACUGCCCACGAAACAGUGGGGGAGAGUUAGCCUAUGACAGAAAUGGCAGGGUGCGUGUGAAACCAGGCACGCCAAUUUAUGAGUGUAACUCACUCUGUCCUUGUAGUCUGUCAUGUAGAAAUCGCGUGUUACAGCGAGGCCGCACUGUCAAGGUGGCAAUAUUCCGAACUCCAGAUCGUGGGUGGGGUGUCAAGACCAUGGAGCGCAUAGAAAAGAACCAGCUGGUCACUGAAUAUGUUGGUGAGGCCAUAACGCAAGAGGAAGCUGAAGAACGGGGAAAGGUUUAUGAUAGUCGCGGGCAGACAUACUUGUUUGACUUGGAUUUCAAUGAAGGAGAAUGCCUGUACACCCUUGACGCCAAAAAAUAUGGCAACAUAUCACACUUUAUAAAUCAUUCGUGUGAUCCCAACCUAGAUGUCUAUAAUGUCUGGGUCGACACCCUCGAACCAAACUUUCCACGCAUUGCCCUCUUUGCAAAUCAAAAUAUUGAAGUUGGAGUGGAGCUGACGUUUGACUACCAGAUGUCAUUGGAUACAGGAAGUAGUUGUUCCUCCCCAAGAAAAAAGGAACACAUAAAAUGUCACUGUGGUGCAGAAAAAUGUAGAACAUUUUUAUUUUAAAGAAUUUUGUAGAUUCAUACACUUUGCUGUAUAAUUUUGCAGUUUAAACCACCGUAUAGAAAACAUUUAUUACAGUCACUGAAAGAAGCCAUUGUAAUCAGCAUUUAAAAAAAAAAAACAGAAGAUUGUGUUCAAAAUUAUUGUAGAUGGCUAUGAUAAGAAAAUGUUAAGAGCAAAGUAGAGGUUUGAUAUUUUAGCUUAAACAUUUACAGCACUUCUUUGUUGUCACCAUAUCACACACUAUGGGCUAGUUAUUUACAAGAGGUCUAACCCAAACCGUGCAAGCUUUGGGCCCAAGGAUUCUCCAUAAGAGGGUUGAUUUAAUUAAACAAAAUUAAUGUCCUUUCACUAUUAGCUUUCAGCCCUGUUGAGACUGUUGACAGCAUUAAAUGUUCAGAUAAAAGAUUUGGCUGAUUGAAGAUGGCUUCGAAUGCAGUUUUGUUAAAGAAUGACAAGACCUUGUUUAAAUAACUGGCCCUAUAGAACUUUUAUUCAGAUUCAAGGUGCAAUGGCAUGUACACACAAGAAACCCUUACUAUUAUGUCAAUAAAUCACUCAUUUAUGGCAACUUUUUAA